AUUCACAGUCUAUUGGUUUCUCUACCUGCCUUCCUCACCUCCGACGAGCUUUCUUCCUCUCCCUCGUUUACCAUAACCUUUUCUGUUUUCCCUAUUCAUCAAGAUGUACAAUCCACAUUCAGCGUACAAAUUCUUCAGUUGUUUAGCAACCCAGAGUUUCUAUUAGGGUCAAAACUUGCAAAUUAAACUUCCUUGUAUUCCUUGCAAAGACUGGAAAUGGCAUAUGAAAUGCUCUGGGGCUAGCAUGUUCUAAGCCUCUAGCAAUAUGAAAGAAGAUUCAGGUUUCUGGGUGGAGGAAACUAAAGAUCAGUUCUCCUUUCCAUUAAAAAGAAAAAGGAGUUUUAAAUCAAAAAAAUUAGUAUUUGUUGGAUGGGGAUCCAAACCUUUGAUUGAAUUUCUACAAUCAAUUGGUAGAGAAACUAGUAGAGAGUACUCUAGGCAUGAGGUGAAUGGCAUUAUCCUUGAUUAUGUAAAUUCUAAUAACCUUCUUAAUCCACAAAAGAAGAAGAGAAUAAAUUCUAAUAACCUUCUUAAUCCACAAAAGAAGAAGAGAAUCUUAUGUGAUGAAAGACUUAAGACUCUUUUUGGAAAGAAAUCAAUUCCUAGGAUUAAGAUUUAUGAUUUGUUGGAAGUGCACUUCAUUGAGAAUCGUGAUGACUCAGACGAAGAGAACAGUUUAGCACAGGAGGAUGCAGAAGAGGGGGAUGGUUAUUUGGUAUCAAAGGAAAGGAAGACAUCAAUACCCCAAAAGAGGAAAGUCCAGGAGGCUCCAAAAAGCUGUUUUGCAGCACUGACUUCUCAAAAUAUUAAGCUUAUUUAUUUGAAAAGGACCUUACUUCAGAGUCUCUUGAAGAGCGAUGAGAGAUUUGAAGAUAAAGUAGUGGGCAGCUUUGUGAGGAUCAAAUCUGAUCCAAAUGAUUUCCUCCAGAAAAAUUCUCACCAGCUUCAGCAAGUUACAGGUGUCAAGAAGACAUUUGGGUCUGGAGAUGCUGGUAUGGAAACUUACCUUCAGCUUUCAAAUUGGACAAAAGAUGUUCUCAUAUCUUCAUUGUCGGAUGAUGACUUCUCAGAGGAAGAAUGUGAGGAUUUGCAUGGAAGAGUAAAAGCUGGCCUGCUCAAGAGACUUACUGUUGUGGAGCUAGAAUUAAAGGCCCAUGUUCUACAUGAGGAUAUGACCGAACAUUGGAUUGACAAAGAAAUCAAAAUGUUACAAAGGCGCAUCGAUCAUGCGAAUGAAAAGGGAUGGCGGAGAGAAUUGUAUGAGUACUUGCAGAAAAGGCAGCUGCUCAUGACAAAAAGUGAGCAAGAAAGAUUGUUGUCAGAGAAGCCAAAGGUAGUAGCUGAAGAACUAGAACCUGAAGCCACAAAGGCAGGUGCUUCAGAAAGAGAUGAAGAAAAAAGUGGCUCUCCAGAACCUGAGCAGACUAGACUUUUUGGUGAGAAUCUAAAGGUAGAAGCUAAAGAACCAGAAAAGGAAACUAUGCCGUUGGAUGCUCCAGAAGAACCAGAAAAGGAAACAAUGCCUUUGGAUGCUCCAGAAAAACCCGGAAAGGAAACUAUGCAUUUGGAUGCUCCAGAAAAACGCGAAAAGGAAACUAUGCCAUUGGAUGCUUCAAAAGAAGUGGGAGCAGUCAAGUGCUUCACAGGAUCUACUCUUAGGGGGCCUUCUGAUUUACUUGCUGCAGGUGAGAAAGUUAGAUUUGAAGUUUGUUUACGAACGUUGGACAACUCUUUGGUGAGGCAUAUGGAUUCAUCAAAAGAUCCUACUGAUAAUAGUACUACCCAGGGUACUGGUUCUACUCAAGAUAGUGAUACUAUUAAGACGAGAGGUGCGACUCAUAUGAAAAAAGUCAUUCAAGGGCGUGUAACUUCAGGAAAGAAGGUAGUUCAAUUUGAUGGAGGGCAUCCUGUUGGGUUAAUUGGCGCGGAAUUUAAAAGUUAUGUUGCAUUAGCAGCACGUGUUAACAUUCAGAUCACAAUAGAGUCAUGGCUUAAGGUCCCAGACGAGACUAAGGACCUUAUUUGGGAAGAUAUUCUGAGUAUUUACGAUAUUCCCAACACAAAUAUUAUGAAGGAGCGUUGGAUACAAUAUGUGGGUCAACGAUGGAAAGAUUUUAAAACAAAAUUGGUCAGCAAGUAUAUAUAUGGUACUUUGUCACAUAAGAACCCAUGUGAAAAAUACUCAUUCCUUGAUCAAGAGACAUGGAAUGAGUUUGUUAAGCUUCAUACAGGUCCAGAAUAUGAGGCAAAAAGAAAAAAACAUCAAGAAAUACAAGCUAAGAAUGUUCAUCCACAUAGUUUAUCUCGAGGAGGUUAUCAGAGAUUGAAAAAAGUUAUGAUGGAUGAGAAGAUGAAAGAACAACAAGAAAUUGUAGAUUCAGAUCCAUCACAUACAAUUAGUCCUCCAUCUCCAUGUAGACACGAAAAAUGGAAGAGGGCAAGAAUUGAUAAGUCGGGAAAUUUUCGCACUGAAGCGACUAGAAUUGUCGCAGAAAAAAUGGAUUCGCUCGAGUUGCAAGCUUCUCAAGGAGAAUUCGUUGCGUCAGGAAGACAUGAUAUAUUGUCUGUUGCGCUAGGUACUGAUGAGCAUCCUGGGCGUGUUAGAGGCAUGGGAAGAGGACAUGGCAUUAAAAGUGUAUUUGGUCAUGCAAAACGUCCGCCUCAAAUGCCUACAGAAGCAGUUAAACAAAUGGUUGAUUCUGCUGUUGCUGCUGUUGAAGCACGAUUUGAAACACGGAUUGCUGAGAUGAUGAAACAAUUUAGUAAUAUGCAGACUCCUCUUCAGCAGGCUGCACAAUCAAGGCAAGAGGAUGACAUAUGUGAGCAUGUUGUGGCACAAGAUGACAGUCAAAAAUCUAGUUCCCCAGAUCCUUUUGUUGAUUUACCUACUUUAGGAGCACGAUGUCAAUUGUACUUGGAAGACCCCAUUAGACAUCUAGUCGGAUUUGGGAUAGCUUACACUGGUGGACAAGUUAAUGGCGUUGCACUAAAUGCAAAUCAAGUGAAGGUGUGCGUAGACAAAAUCAUUGAUUCAACUGCAAAUGUACCAUUCCCCACUAGUGAAGUUCAGCUUUUAGAUGCUGCAUUUCAACACUUUAUUGUUUGGCCAAAGAACCUGGUAGAGUUAUGUACUCAAGCUGAUAAGUUAAAAGGAAAGACCAAAUUGACUUUUGAAUCUGUUGUGGAAUCUCAUCAUCAUGAAUUGACUUUAGCCGAUCCGAAUUCUUUGAGUAAUACAUGCAAAAAGGUAUACAAAAUUGCAUGUAGCCUUGAACACAAUCUUGUGAUGCAUAUGCCUCGUGGUGUUGUGGGCAACAUUGAUUAUGAGUUACAGCUUGAGAGUUUGGAGAUCAUGCGCUUCUUGAAUAUGGAGACUUUAGAUAUUUCUCUUUUUCAGUUCUUUAUAAGGAGUAUUUAUAAAGAUUUUGGUUUGGCAUCAAAAUCUAUGUAUGGCUUUUUAGAUCCAAAUUUGAUUCAACCGAAAAUGAUGACUAGAGAUGAGAGGAUAACGUAUAUAAAUGACACCAUGCAAUAUGGGAAAAAAAAUUGCUAUUUAGCCCCAUAUGUUUUCAAUGGACAUUGGGUGUUGAUUGCGAUUUGUCCCCUAUUGUAUGAAAUCUAUUGGUUUGAUUCCAUUGGUCGUGAGCCAUGUGAGGAUAUUAAAGAGAUAAUUGAAACAUGUGUGAAGACAACAAACAUAUUAAGUCGAAAGAAAGCAAGUCGUCAACCAAAAUCGAUUAUAUGUUCGUGUGCUAUACAAAGAAGAACUACUGAAUGUGGAUAUUAUGUGAUGAAAUUUAUGCUGGAAAUUAUUUCCUCGGUAGCAUACAAGAGAAUGGAUAAGAAUUUGGAGAGACAAGGGAGAUUGCCCUACAAUCAACAAGAUAUUGAUGAAGUUAGAGACAUAUGGUGCAAGUUUUUUAUUGAUGAAUGGGUUGAUAAAUUACUUCUUUAAUUUGAUAAAUUGUGAGAUUUAUGUUAAAUACUUGUUAAUAAUUGUAGUUUCAAAGUAGUAUUAAUAAUUGUAGAAUUUAUUUGUUUGAUUA